GCAAGACGAACACCGAGCAGUCUGGUUUAAGACAGUGGAAGGGGAGGGUGUUUAUGUCGUGAAUCCCGCGUGAUGUUUGUGUCAGUGGACUUUCGCCACGCCCUUGUCGCUUUGCCAGAAGCCAGUGCCUUGGUGCUUCGUGGCCUCGCUUCACAAUAGUUCUCGUGCGUUAACCGAAAGAAUAAUCCAUGUCCGUAGUGCGUGUGUGGAGCUGGUGUUGGUAGUGGUUGGUUGGUGGUGGUGGUGCAAGCAUGAGGUGGGAGUGGUUACUGUUGCUGGUGGGGAUUGUUGUGGUGGUGGUACCUGCGGAGGCGUUCGUGGCAGUAGUGCCCGACACUUCAGCCAUCGGGGACACCGUGUUCCACGCAGGCAUGGACGGACCCACCCACUAUAAGUUGGACUCGCGGCGGACUGCUUCUUAUGUCCACAAACUCUUCCACGUGGAUCGGCGGACGGGCGCCAUCACCAGCAAGCGUUCGCUGGACUGCUCGGGCACCUUUUACACCAACCCCGUCACACUGUGGCUGGAAGCAUGGUCUGACCGGCCUGGAGCACCGCUGGACUACGCUACCGUUCCCCUGCGUCUGGUGUUAGCUGGGGACGCCUGCCUUCACCACGCAGCCGUGCUUGAGCGGGAGGUCACGUCCUGGAUAGAUACAGCAGCAUUUUCUCUGCCCCUGCCUGACCCCGACCCUUCUGAUCCCAACACGCUGUGUCUGCGCCGAUCACAAGUUAUCCUCAGGGUACCUGACCUGCUGCCGCGCUCCCUCCACACAUGCAGGCUGGACUUCACCUCCGUGUCCGACCAUCGCGUCACCAUCGAGCCCACAGGCGGCGACCUAGUGAGCCUGCUGGAUACGUGCCUCUCAGGGGUUACCAGAAUCAAGGUGGGCGUCAGGAUGACCUGUCCUGAGCUCAGGUCGCCCUUUGACCACGACUUGAUGCUGGUGCUGCACAACGCCGUAGAUGCAGGCGACGAGGGCCACAUCCGACGCAUCAGGCGACAGAUGCAGACCGCGGCACCUUAUUUCGAACGCACCCUAGAGAUGGCGCACGUUAUGGAGGAGUCAGAAAAGGGCACCGCAGUAACAACGGUGACGGCGACGGACCCUGAGAGCGCGCCCCUCACUUACUCCAUCGAGGCGGUGCUGGACGCUCGCUCGCAACGCAUGUUCGCGGUGGACCCCACCAGUGGCCUCAUCACCACCAACACGAAGCUGGACCGCGAGCUGGUGGACGUGCACUACUUCCGAGUGAAGGCGGUGGACAAGACCUCGUCGCCGCCGCGCUCCGCGACCACCACCUUACAGAUUAUUGUGGACGACGCCAACGACCACGAGCCAGUGUUCGAACGUGAAGAAUAUGACACGGCAGUGAGGGAAUCCAUCAGCGUGGGUUCCACAGUACUCACCGUCAGGGCCACAGACGAGGACUCGGGGCCCAACGCUGACCUGCGUUACACUAUUCUUAAUCCCACCGGCGCUAACGAGGUGUUCCGCAUUGACCCGAAGUCCGGUGAGCUAUCCACCCGCCUGCCGCUGGACCGAGAGGAGCAUUCUCUCUACACCCUCACCGUCCAGGCCGAGGACGAGGGCGCCGCGCAGCACCGCCUCACGGCCACUACUCACGUCACCGUCACCGUCCUCGACGAGAAUGACAAUUACCCACAGUUCACGGAGCGCACGUACACAGUGGAGGUCCCCGAGGAUAUCAGCGCUGCAGCGUCGCCGGUCAUCGCUCACAUCCAGGCCAGCGACGAGGACGGCGGCAAGAAUGGCCAGGUGCGCUACGCCAUCAUUGGCGGAAACACGGCUGGGCACUUCACUAUAGACGGUUUGACGGGCGAGGUUCGCGUCGCAUCGCCUCUUGACCAUGAAACAAAUCGGCAAUACCGCCUGGUGGUGCGUGCCCAGGACGGGGGGUCGCCGCCCCGCUCCAACACGACGCAACUCCUCGUUAGCGUGAGGGACGUGAACGACAAUUCCCCGCGCUUCUACACCCCUCUCUUCCAGGAGACCGUGCAGGAGAACGUGCACAUCGGUUACUCCAUCGUCCGAGUGCAGGCCUUUGACAACGACGCUAGGGACAACGCCCUGCUGACCUAUAGCAUCGAGGGCGGCGGUGAAAACCUGCCCGUGGAGGUAGAGAAGGCGGCGGGUUGGGUGGUGACGCGGCGCGAGCUGGACCGCGAGGAGAACCACUUGUACACGUUCACCGUGGUGGCGCGAGACCAUGGGGAUCCCCCGCAGUCUGCCUCUGCCACGGUGGUCUUACAGAUACAGGAUCAGAACGACAAUGACCCGGUGUUCGAGUCUAAGAAUUACGACGUGUGUGUGAGCGAGAGUGACUCGCCUGGCAUGCCAGUGAUCAAAGUCACGGCCACGGAUAAGGACGAGAACCCUCGCCUGCACUACGCCAUCACGUCUGGCAACGAGCGGGGACGCUUCUCUAUCACUGCGCAGAGUGGCCGAGGAUUGAUUUCCCUUGCGCAGCCCCUCGACUACAAGCAGGAACGUAAAUACAUCCUGACGGUGACCGCCACGGACGCCGGCGGCCGUUACGACACCGCCAACGUGUACGUCAACGUGAGCGAUGCCAACACCUUCCCGCCGCAGUUUGACAACACCCCGUACUCCGCCACUGUUUUCGAGGACGCACCGGAGGGUAGCACCGUCAUCAUGGUGGCAGCCUCUGAUGGCGACACGGGCGAGAACGCCCGCAUCACCUACUCCUUGAGUGGCGACACCGUGCCGGAGUUCGUCAUCCAUCCCAGCACAGGCGCUAUCACCACCAGCAAGCCCCUGGAUCGCGAAGUGAAGGGCGGCUACCUCCUCACGGUGACGGCGCGCGACAACGGCAAUCCGCCGCUGUCAGAUACCACAGACGUAGAGAUCACGGUGGUGGACGUGAACGACAACCCGCCGGUGUUUAGCGAGCCCUCCUACCGAGCCUCAGUGUCUGAAGACGCUGGCGUGGGCGCCUCCAUCAUCCAAGUGAGAGCUAACGACGCCGACGCGGGACUCAACGGCAGGGUGAAGUACUCCUUCGAGGGCGGCAAUGACGGCAAGGGCGCCUUCUCCAUCGACGAGACCUCCGGCGUGGUGAGGACUGCUCGCAUGCUGGAUCGCGAGACAGAGCAACAGUACUCUCUGGUGGCUGUGGCGCUGGACCACGGCGCCCCUGAGCAGUCCUCCACCGUAACGGUGACGGUGGACGUGCUGGACAUCAACGACAACCCACCCAUGUUCGAUACCGACCACAUUCAGCUAUACAUUGCUGAAAACAUGCCUGUGGGCUCCACGGUAGGCGAGGUGCGCGCCAGGGACCCAGACGCUGGCUCCAACGCCCACAUCCAGUACCGCAUCAAUGGAGGCCCCGACGCUAAGAAUUUCAUCAUGGUGGCCCAUCCCAACGAAGGGCGCGCCGAGCUGGUGACCCGCAUCGACCUGGACUACGAGUCGCCUAAGAAGAAGUACCAGCUUAACGUGCAGGCCACCUCGGACCCACUGCGCUCAGACAUCCCGGUCACCGUGCACGUGGUCGACACAAACGACAACGCGCCAGUGCUCUCUGACUUCCGCAUCAUCUUCAACAACUUCAAGAACCAUUUCCCCACCGCGCCCAUCGGCCGCGUCCCCGCCGUGGACGCCGACGUGACGGACCAGCUUACCUACCACAUCGUGAGCGGCAACAAGGCGGGAUUGGUAGAGAUCAACAAGGACUCUGGCGACAUCACCCUCUCGCCGUCCCUCAACACCAACGUGCCCAUCCACGCCACCAUGGAGGUCUCUGUAUCAGACGGGUUGAACGAAGUAACAGCGGAGAUGAGUCUUCAGGUGCGGUUGGUGACGGAGGCAAUGCUGUUCAACUCGGUGACUGUGAGACUAGAAGACAUGACGCAGGAAGCCUUCCUCUCGCCGCUCCUUUCUUAUUUCGUAGACGGCCUGGCAGCGAUCAUCCCGUGUCCCCGAGAGAAUAUUUACAUCUUCAAUAUUCAGGAUGACACCGACGUGGAGUCCCGCAUCCUGAAUGUGAGCUUCUCGGCCAAACGUCCAGAUGUACCCGGGGAGGAGUUCUACCAACCACAGUUCUUGAGGGAGCGCGUCUACCUCCACAGAGCUGCUCUUGCAAAACUGGCAACUGUCACUGUUCUGCCAUUUGAUGACAAUCUGUGUGUGCGAGAGCCAUGCCUCAACUAUGAAGAGUGCCUAAGUGUCCUUAAGUUUGGCAAUGCGUCAGGCUUCAUCUCGUCCAGCACCAUCCUCUUCAGGCCCAUUUAUCCAGUCAAUACCUUCGCUUGCAGGUGUCCACAUGGCUUCACUGGCAUGCGGGAGCACUACGUAUGUGACACAGAGGUGAACCUGUGCUAUAGUAGUCCCUGCGGCAACCACGGCACCUGCAUGAGGCGGGAGGGCGGCUACACUUGCGUCUGUACUCCCGGCUACACUGGAAAGAACUGUGAGGUGAGCAUGCUGAGUGGACCAUGUGUGGCUGAAGUCUGCAAGCAUGGCAGCACCUGCAAAUCUGUGAGUGAUGACAGUGGAGGUUCAAGUGGCUUCACCUGCACCAACUGCACCCGCUCUCUCUACCACACCUCUACCUGCGAGUUAAGGGCACGUCGUUUCUCAAAGGGCACCUUUCUCACCUUUCCAGCUCUCAAGCAGCGCCACAGGCUGCACAUCAAGAUCAGCUUUGCCACGCGAGAACCCAAUGGCCUACUAUUGUACAAUGGUCGCUACAACGAGAAGCAUGACUUCCUGUCCCUGGAGGUGGUGGAUGGCCAUGUAGUGUUCUCCUUCAGUCUCGGCACCAUCACCACCCGCGUGUCAGCCUCCUUGCCUGGCGGUGUGCAUGACGGCAACUGGCACACUGUCACAGUUGAUUACUACUACAGGACUGCCACUAUCAGCCUCGACAAGUGUGACACAGCACUAGCCAUCAGAUUUGGAAACAAGAUUGGAGAAUACCACUGUGCCAACACCACUGCCCAGAUUCUCGACCCAAGAUGUGCCAUCCUCACAGAGUCCUGCCACCGCUUCCUGGACGUGACAGGACCGCUGCAGGUGGGAGGGCUGCCUCAGCUGCCCACCACCUACCAAGUCCAGCACCAGUACUUCUUGGGCUGCAUCUCAGACCUUUACAUCGAUCAUAGCUUCAUUGACCUCAAUUCAUUUGUGGCAGACAAUGGGACCUAUCCAGGCUGCCCUGAGAAGAACAGCUUCUGCCGCUCCCAUCCAUGCCAGAAUGGAGGCACCUGCAGAGAGACAUUUGGUACCUACAUCUGCUCCUGUCACGUGGGUUGGGGUGGCAAGGACUGCUCUCAAGCUGUAGAAGUGGUGAAGCAGUUUUCUGGUGAUGGCUUCCUGAUGUUCAGUCCUCAGCUACAGACCAUCCAGAUGCCAUGGUUCAACAGCCUUUCCUUUCGUACCAGAGAGCAUUUCGGCCUCCUUAUGAUGAUCAUUGUUGGGAAAAACACCAGUAGCAUCAUAGAACUGAUGGAUGGCCACAUUCAGUACCGCUAUGAAAAUGCUACACUGAGAUUGAAAGAGACCAGGGUGGAUGAUGGCCGAUGGCACCAUGUGGAGAUCAAGUGGAUGAGUGGGGAGGUGUGGAUUAACCUAGACUAUGGCAACUAUGAGGAGACCCUGAAGGUGAAUGCCCAAGUGGCUAACCACUACAUUGGCACUGUGGCAGUGGGGGGAGUACAGCCAUCAAACCAGGACACCGUGACCGGUUUCAAGGGAUGCAUCAAGGACGUGUGGGUAGGAAGCAGCAAGAACACGUGGCUUCGUCCUACUUAUGAAGACAAUGUGAGGGACGGGUGUGUGGCGACAGAUCCCUGCACCUCCCGGCCCUGUCCCCCCAAUGCACGGUGCAUCAACACUUGGCAGGGCUAUGAGUGCCAGUGUGAUAGUGGCUACUAUGGCAAUGACUGCUCCAAUGUGUGUGACCUCAAUCCUUGCAGCAACAAUGCUACCUGCACCCAUGACCUGCACUCCCAGAAGGGGUACCGAUGUGAAUGUUCCUCCUAUGCUUUCUCAGGUGAGUAUUGUGAAGUGGUGUUGGACCAGCCAUGUCCAACCAACUGGUGGGGCUACCCUGUGUGUGGACCGUGUCACUGCAAUGUGGACAAAGGCUAUGACGGUGACUGCAACAAGACCACUGGGGAAUGUCGCUGUGAGGAGAACCACUACCAGCCAGCAGACUCAGACUCUUGCUAUGACUGUGACUGCUAUCUGGUGGGGUCAUAUGGUGGUGCCUGUGAUCCUAUCACUGGUCAGUGCCACUGCCGGCCAGGCGUUAUUGGUCGGCGCUGUGAUCAAUGUGCCAACGCCUUUGCCCAGGUCACCAUUAUGGGAUGUGAAAUUGUGUAUGAUGGGUGUCCCAAGAACUUUGCUGAGUUGACCUGGUGGGAUGAGACAGCCUUCGAUGGCACUGCUGUGCAACCAUGUCCUUAUGGUGCCCAGGGCCAGGCCUCCAGGGUGUGCCACAGGGAGGUGGGCUGGGGGCCACCAGACAUGUUCAACUGUGUGUCUGACACCUUUGUUGAAUUGAGAGACACGUUGGAGAAGCUGGAGAGUGAGGAGCUGGAGGUCACCACAUACCUAGCCAAGAAGAUCUCGGAGGACCUAAACUAUGCCUGUUCUGUCACUCCCUCCAUGUGGGGUUCAGAUGUGCUCAUUGCCUCACGCCUUCUCAUCCUCCUGCUGGAAUACGAGACUCACCAGGAGGGACUCAACCUCACCCACCGGCAGGAGCGUCGCUAUGUUCAGAACCUGGUGGAGUCUUCCUCAGUGAUCCUACAGCCAGUGUAUGGCCCUCACUGGCAGAGGAUUAAUGGAGUGCGAGGCUUUGGCGCCGACUCCCUACUGACCAAAAUGGAUGAGUAUGUGGCCACUCUGGCUGCCAGCCAGGGGGACACCUACACCACCCCAUUUGAAGUCCCCACUAAGCACAUCAUAUUUGGGAUGGACACGGUGUCAGCAGAGGAGCUCUACGGCUACAGUCAGUCAGGGUUUGUGGUGGGACAUGAUGACAGGGUGGACCAUGUCAUCAUUCCAGAGACAUCUUCACUGGUGGACAAGACUUACCCAAGCCAGGGACAAGCAUCUGUCAUUGUGCCCAAGUACAACAACUACCUCAGGAACCAGCAAGUGUGGGCCCACGCUAAUAACAUUCGCAUCCCACUCUCCCUCCUUGGCAUUCCUGACAUCAAGCGAGAUGAAACUUCAACAACAGGCGUGCUGGGCAACACAAGGGCAGUAGUGAGUUAUGUAGUGUUCCGCUCUCUGGGGGCCCUGCUGCCAGAGUCAUACAGCACCAAUGUGGAGCAGCGGUGGGGAGUGGGCCUGGCUGUGCGCUCCCCUGUCCUCACUGUAGCUGUGCACACGUCUCACUCUGGCCUGCUGGAUACCACACUGGAAGUGGAUGUCAGGCUGAGGUUCCGCCUGGGCCACGUGGGACGCCGUUCCAACCCUCAGUGUGUUACCUGGAUUGUCAAGCCUGACACGGGUGAGGGUCUGUGGACAAGGGAAGGCUGUGAGACAGGUGUUCCUGAGCCUGGAUUUGGAGAGUUUGUCAAUGAUACUUUCAUCAACUGUACUUGCAACCACCUCUCCAGCUUUGCAGUUAUACUCAAUGAUGCAGAAGCAGAGUUCCUUGCUGAGCCUUCUAUUGCCGAGGACGUGACAACCUACACUGGUCUGGUCCUCACGCUGGUGCUGUUGCUGCUGGCCUUUGUUGCUUUCUGUCUGCUGCGAGGUGCUCAGACAAACUCCAACACCAUCCAUAAGAACCUGACAGCUUCCCUUUUUGUGGUGCAACUACUCUUCCUGGCUGCACUCAAGAUCAGGCAUUUCCUAGUCCAGGAGGAGUUCCCAUGUAAGCUUGUGGCCAUCGGAUUACACUACUUCUGGUUGUGUGUAUUCACCUGGCUACUCAUUGAGGGAGUCCAUCUGUACCGGAUGCUAACAGAGAUGCGUGACGUGAACCAUGGCCAGAUGCGAUUCUACUACUCCUGUGGCUAUGGACUGCCAGCCAUAAUUGUGGGCCUGUCUGUGGGAGUGCGGGCUGAUCAGUAUGGCAACUACUUCUUUUGCUGGCUGUCAAUAUAUGAAUCUGUGGUGUGGGCACUGGUGGGUCCCAUCUGUGUCAUUGUCAUCAUUAUCCUGCUGGUGUUUGUCAUGGCCAUCAGGGCAUCACUUACUCUCAAGGGCCAUAUUGAGGGCUUUGGUAAUCUGAGGACUCUGCUGUGGUUGGGCAUCCUGUUCCUACCAUUACUGGGAGCCACCUGGGUUCUAGCUGUCCUGUCUGUCUCAGAGGACCUGGAGAUCCUUCACUACUUCUUCUCAGUGUUCUCACUGCUGACAGCAAUGUUCAUCUUGGUAGGCUACUGCCUUCUCAACAGCCGAGUGCGGGACUCGCUCUACUUCAUGAUCCGCACCUGCAUGGGGAAAAAAGUGCCAUACCAGGAGUCACUCAGUAUUACCAGGACCUCCGUUGUCUCUAGAUCAGCAUUGACUUACAAUGAUGACUUCAACAUCCUACGCCGCAACAUUGGCAUCUCCACUGCCAGCACCACCUCACGCUCCACCUGUAAGACCUCUAGUUCCCCCUACAGCCGUGGGGAACGGGUGGCUGCUGGGCCCCAGGGAGUUGGGGCCUCCUCUAGCACCCCCAGCAACUAUAAUUCCAACACUGAUCUCAACUCUCAAUCUGUAAAGUCACCAUAUGCCUAUAAUGAUUCCACAACAUUCCACAGAAAGCACACUGCAGGAGCUCGGGCCACUAAGCGCCGGGAAAGUGAGAGUGAGAGUGAGUUAAGCCUAGACCACCGCUCUUUGGACCUUGCUUCAUCCCACUCCAGUGAUGAGGAUGACACCACCACCCACAACGGUACGCUGAGAGUCAAUGAACAUCGCACCAACCCUCCCCCAGAGGUGCCUCCCAAACCCUCCAGCUACCUGCCUAACAUAUAUGAUCUGGACACCACAGCUGAGGCCCUGCCCCCUCCCCCUCCCCCUGGCAUGAUUGGUGGAAGGGAUGGGAUGACAGGCUCCCCUCUCCUCCACAACAUUCGGCCCCUUUAUGCCACACACUGGUCCUCCCAGCUGCCACCAGCCUACCCUGGCAUCAUAAAAGAACACAAUGUAGCAUCCCCAUCCUGGGCCAAUGAGCGCCUCUCCACCACUACCGCCUCAGACAAUGAGAUGCCUGACAAGCCAGACAACCUGAGGGUGGAGUCUCGUCCAGGCCUUUCACGUUACCUUGAUGAGGCAAGGUCCCGCUACUCGCCAGCAGAAAAUCAGUUUGGAACAUACUCCCCAAGCACCAAGCAUCGAUACUCUCCAGAGAUGAAAAAAUUCUCCACUCUUGACUCUAAGAGAUAUUCCCCUGACACAAGGAGAUACUCACCAGAUGUCCCUUCCUCCCGCCUCCACUCCCGCGAUAACUCCUUUUCCCAGGAGCUCCCAUCACCAAUGCCACCCCACCAAUACCCCCAUCAUGACAUGAAGCGCAUCUCCCCUGAAAACCUGGUAGUACGAGCAGAGUCUCGGGCAAGCAGGUCAAGUGUAGACAGUGGUGACAAAAAACAUUACUCACCACCCACUUCACACCACCACCAUCAGGUCAUAUAUACGCCACAAAGCCAAAAACGAUUUCUCCACAAUCUAGUAGAAGACCCAAGUCCUGAGGCCCUGCCAGCACCUGUGAUGGCGGGUGGGGCUGGAGGGGGGGAUGGCAAUAUGAUGGAAGUAAACAACCUUAAUAUCUCUCCUUCCAAUCACCCUCCACCGCCCUCACCCCUCCCAUCUCUCCCAGCCUCACUGAUGGGCACGCACAAGAUCUCUGCCAUAACACUAGGAAUCUCAGACUCAGACAAAGACAGCACGGAAACCACCGUCUGACACUAACUGCAGUGGAGAGACUUAGCAGGUUUGGCUGAAGCUGUAUGUUAGAACAAUGUUAAUAUAGGUUAUCAUAAAUAUUCCAUUUGUUGAUUGUAUAUAUAUUCUCAGUUGUCAUGAAUAAUUAGGGUUGCAAAGUCCUUGGGAAUGCAAUCCCACUGGCUACAGGUACAAAAAACUUGACAAAGCCAUAUUUCAUGGAAACCAUUAGACAUCACUGCACAAUCUCAUGUUGUUUGGGAUCCAAGUAUUCAUCAAAUGUAAGCUGCAUUGUUAGCAAGGUAGUACAUUUAUUAUAUAUCACAAAAUAAAACAUUAAUUGCUUAAUUGUGAGGAACAAGUGGAGCUGCAGAUUUUGAAUGAGGCAUGUGAGCGAGUGGGUGUUAAUAUUGGCUCCACAUGAUAGAUGUGAAAUGUGUGUGGUGUGCCACCAUUACUGCCACCACAUCAUAAUACUCAGUAUAUGUUUUUCAUGCAGACCAUUAUGUAAAUGAUAAUUUGUCAAGACAUUGUCCUCUUUGCCAUCAGGUAAUUUUGUUGCAUUUAUAAAAUGAGCAACAAAAGUGUGCUCUGAUGUGGCUGAAGCAUGUUGAUUAUUGUUAUCUAUAUGUUAUUUAUUUUGUGAGUUGCCAGAAAUCUACUGUGUGGUUCAUGGGUGUGAGGACUGAGGAGGCUCUCUGCACUCUGACCAACACUCCCACAUUGGUGAUUGACCAUACCCAUCAUAUGCUGUGCAGUCUGGGUGUACUGAAGACAUUACUUUAGUCGCAUGUAUAUACGCUUGUAUAUAAGUUAUGUGUAAUUGUUCCUGAGCAGGUUUUGUUAGAUCUGUGAAAAUUUGAUAAAAAUUGUAAGCUAUUGUUGCAAUUACUCCCCCAAAACCUCAUCUUGUAAUAUCAUACUGAAUCUCUCCUUUGAGUUUUUUUAAAGUAUUGAUCUCAGUUCAAGCCAAAAGGUGAUCUUUGCAUUCACUGUAAUGUCUGUACUAUACCCACUUUUCCAUUUAACUGACAUGUAUCCCAUCCAAUGAGAUUUAAGAACUCAGAAACCUAAGUAACUUUGAGAUGCUGUUUCAGGCUUAACUCUGCUUCUGCACACACUUGAAUAGUUGACUAUGCAGUCCCCAAUCCAGAACUCCUUUCCUCCCUUAAGAUGUGAAAUCCAAGGUGAAGGUUUUGGUGAAUCUUGUAACCAGAAAGCAAAGCAACAAGAUCUUCCUUAAUUUAAUCACUUUGUACAUUACCUGCUUCUUACAAGUAGUACAUACCACUAAUGAGUGUAAUUCUGAGCAUAUUACAGUAUUGUUUAAAAUAUAAUCCCUAUUUUCUUUUAGUAAUGAGUUUGAUCAGUAUCUAUUGGGCAUAAGUAUUUACAGGCAGUUAUACAAACAUGCAACAAAUUAAACUAAAUCCUUCACCUUGGCACAUAGAGAAAGACAAGCCAUGGGAGACUAAACAAAUCAGAGGAAACCAAUGUUAGUUGAGAGGGAAGAGUUGAGAGCAACAUACUACCACUUACAUGGCUUCAAAUGACAUUCCUUGGUCAUAAUUUAUAGAUCCAGUUCAAUGUACAUUAUUAUUUGCAGUACAAAGAUAUUUCAAUGUAUAUAUUCAUGUAUAUAUUUUAUUAAAUGUAAAUGUGUCACA